AUGUUCAUGGUUUCUGCGCCAUCCUCGAUUCAACACGCCUUCUGCGGCCAACAGGCGACCACUUCCCGCCAGCAGUUCGCCAACGAGUGCGACGAACUCGCAGCUCAUGUUCAGCCGAAGAUUUCGGCUGUGGGCCAGUUCGCGGCCAGCGGAUUGGGCGGUCUUCGCCGUACCGUCAGCUCUCUUCAGUCCGCCAAACCGUGCCUGUUGAGCGACAUGGACAACGACUGCGUUGUCGAGGCCAAACAGGUUGAAAUGGACUUUGCCACACUCACCAACCAAGCCUUCUUCUUGAGAGUUCGCGCUCCCAACGGCGAAGUCUCGGACCGAUUGAGUUUCCCCGGCUAUGGCGAAACCCAUCACUUCUCGCCCGUCCAGAACGGCUGCGGCCACGGCGACUGGGAGUUCAUCGUGGAGAAGAAGGUGGAAAAGAAGGUUGUGGUCGUCAACAGAGAGAAAAUCUACCUGGACGGUGUUGGCACCUUGUUCUUUACCAUCAACGACAACUUGAAGGUCAAGCUGGCUUCUCAAGAAUUCCUCCGUUUGCCAUCGGCUUCGCAAUGUUGCAGCAAGGUCGGAAGGAAGUCCAACUAA